UUGAUGGAGAACGUGACAGAAGUGGCAUGGUUUGUCCUGCUGGGACUCAACAAUGACCCAGGACUGCAGCUUCCCCUCUUCAUCACCUUCUUUCUCAUCUACACCAUCACCAUGGUGGGAAAUCUUGGAAUGAUCCUGUUGAUUGUCUUGGACUCUCGGCUCCACACUCCCAUGUACAUUUUCCUAAGUAACCUGUCCUUAGUGGACUUCUGUUACUCUUCAACAGUCACUCCAAAAGUCAUGGCUGGAUUCCUUACAGGAGACAAGGUCAUGUCCUACAAUGCUUGUGCCUCUCAGAUAUUCUUUUUUGCAACCUUUGCCAAUGUGGAAAGCUACCUUUUGGUCUCAAUGGCCUAUGAUCGCUAUGCAGCAGUGUGUAAGCCCCUACAUUAUGCCACCACCAUGACAACACGUGUGUGUGCAUGUCUAGUCAUUAGCUGUUAUAUCUGUGGUUUCCUGAAUGCUUCUAUCUAUACUGCAAACGCAUUAAGUCUCUCCUUCUAUGAGUUAAACGUGGUUCAUCAUUUUUUCUGUGACAUUCCAGCAGUUAUGAUUGUAUCUUGUUCUGAUAGACAGGUUAAUGACCUGGUUCUAAUUUCUAUAGCCAGCUUCAAUAUCUUUUUUGCUCUUAUACUCAUCUUAAUAUCAUACACGUUCAUUUUUACUAACAUAUUAAAGAUGCAAUCAGCUGCAGGAUAUCGCAAAGCUCUCUCCACUUGUACUUCACACUUUAUAGCUGUCUCCAUUUUCUAUGGGACACUAAUAUUCAUGUACUUGCAGCCCAGCUCCAGUCACUCUAUGGACACUGACAAAAUUGCAUCUGUGUUCUACACAAUGGUCAUCCCCAUGUUGAACCCUCUUGUCUACAGUGUAAGGAACAAAGAGGUGAAGAAUGCGUUCACAAAGAUUUUAUUGAGGUCAAAAUAA